AUGAUCAUAUCCCGGGUGCAGCAAUCUUCACAGCCAGUCGCCAAUGUCUUGCCCAGAGAAGCCCAAAAUAAUUCCCCGUACCACGUCACUCUCACAAUUGUGAGGGACUCGACGACCAGGUAUACAACCGUCGUCCUCGGCACCGUCUCAGAGAAGCAGCCCCGAGUUUUCCCUACUGCAGCGCCGACGCCGACUCCGACGCCACAGACUCCCGCGAGCGGUGGCGAAAACGACAGCAGCUACAACAACUCUUCCGAGACGGCCCUCAUAAUCGUCGGUGUGCUCCUUGGCCUCUUGGUCCUCGGCUUACUGUGGUUCUGCUGCUGCGGCCCGAGCUGUACGGGCGACAAGGACGUGCUGGAAGGGGGCUGCUGCUGGACCUUUGCGAGGCCAAGAUAUGAAAGACGAGACGGCCGACGUGAACGAGGCGGACGUGACGGACGUGAUGGACGUGACGGAAGAGACGGACGCGAUGGCCGGGACGGACAAAACGGAAGAGACGGAAGAGACGGGCGGGAUGGACGGGAUGGGAGGGACGGCCGAGAUGGACGUCGUGUUCGAGACGACUUGCCUACGCCACCCGUUUCGCCCGAGAUGGCCUACGACCCCGGCAUAAUCGUAGGUGACGAACAGAGAGAGGCAAGCCGGCGCGGGUCUCGUGUCGACCCAGGCCGUCGAUGGUAG